AUGUCGAAAGAACCAAGGCUGGCGGUGUUGGUGGUUUCCAUUACUAUUUUUGUCCUGGCGACCACCUUCGUUGCCCUUCGUUUCUACUCCAGAAUCGUGAUAGUCAAGAAGUUCGGGCACCACGAUUACUGGAGCCUUCUGGCCUGGAUCAUCGAUUUUGCCUUCUCAUUCUCCUUAUUCUACGCAACAGCAAAGGGCCUCGGACUUCCUGCAGCUGACAUAAAACCAGAAAACCGACAUAGCAUCAUUCGGGCUACCUUUGCAUUCACCGUGCUUUAUAACCCAGCUUUAAUGACAGUAAAGACAUCGAUCCUUGUGUUUUAUCUGACCUUCGCCAGAGGCGAAAAACUUUUUCGACUGGGAAACUACCUGACUCUCUUUGUAGUUAAUGUAUCUGGCCUCGCUUUGACCUUCCUCACUAUUUUCCAGUGUCGUCCAGUGGGUUCCGUCCUGAAGCCAACACUGCCGGCAGCGGCGUCCUGUACCAGUGUGAUCACACUCUACUUGUCCAGCGCACCAGUGAAUAUAAUCACUGAUAUUGCUAUCCUAUUCCUCCCAAUGCCUAUUCUAACCAAGAUGCACCUGCCGCGGAGGCAGAAAUUCAUCUUGAUAAUCACAUUUGGCUUCGGCUUUUUUGUGACAGUCGUCGACGUGAUCCGGAUUGUGUACCUUCAGCGUGCUCUGACAGAGACUCAGCUAAGAUCUCAGUCGGGGCCUAUCCAUAGCGGCUCUCUGAUCAGCGUUUCAUCUUUCACUGCAUUGUCAUUCAUGUGGUCCGUAGUGGAGGCCAAUAUGUCUGUCAUCUGCAGUUGUGUCCCACUCCUUAAGCCGCUCAUUGCUCGCAUCAUGCCGCGGAUGAUCGGCCUCAGCGGCAAGAGGCACGGGAGGACAACUGGUGCGGAAACCCCUCCUGACGAGAUACCAGGCGUUGGUUCGUCCACGAAUAUUCGCUUGUCCGCCAUGGCACGGGUAAACCGUUCCGGACCCUGCGGUGAUCGCCCCGUCUCCUCGGAUGAGGACCCUGAAUUAAGCGGAGUCCGCUCAGGGGACUCCCAGCCCGGCGCCGCUUUGAUUGAGUUUGUACGGAUGAAGGGGCCAAAGAACAUGCUGAAACUCAAUAAUAGAGAAUCCUUGGCACCGAUAGCCUUGGUCACACUCAGUUUCUGGCUGUGGGGUUUCUCAUACGGGCUUCUCGGUAAUUUGACCGGCCAUCUUCAGGCUGUUCUCGGACUCGAUACCUGGCAAUCCCUCGGCAUCCAUGCCGCAUACUUCAGUGGCUACUUCGUUAGCCCAGUAACGCUUGGUCGCUGGAUUUUGAAAGGAUGGGGCUAUAAGGUUACACUGAUCACAGGCCUAUCUGUUUACGCCUGUGGGACAUUGAUAUUCUGGCCAUCUGCCGUUCUCUCGUCUUUUCCUGCUUUCAUCGUCUCCAAUGUCGUCAUCGGUGGUGGAUUGGGGGUCCUAGAAACCGCUGCCAAUUCCUUCAUCGCCUUAUGCGGGCCACAGGAGAACGCCGAAAUUCGUUUGAAUAUCUCACAGGGCAUUCAGGCUAUCGCAACGGUUGUUUCGCCACUACUUUCCGAGAAAGUCCUUUUCAAGAACGUGACAAAUGUCUCAGCUCUAAUCAAUUCACAGUGGACGUAUCUCAGCAUUGCAUUUUUCGACCUACUUUUAGCUGCAGCGCUGUACUACCUACCUAUUCCAGAAGCACCUGACGACGACCUUGAGCAGAUCGCAAUUCGCUGUCGAGGAGACGGAUCGAGCAAAAUACUGGGCGUUCCAGUCAUCUGGCUGACUCUAUCUUUGGGUGUGGGCUCACUAUACCUCUAUGUCGCCGGCCAAGAGGUUGUAGCAACAAGCUUUGAGUCUCUGGUGGCGGCGUCUAACAUCAGGUAA